UGCGGCUGCGGCCCCUCCUGCUGCCCGGCCCCGUGCUGCCCACCUGCCUCCUGCCUCACCCUCAUGUGCCGGCCGGUCUGCUGCAUGCCCGCCUCCUGCCAGCCGUGCCAGGCUGUCUGUGCCCCUUCCUGCUGCCAGUCCACUGGCUGCGGGUCUUCCUGCUGCCAAGCCUGUCCCUGUGCCCCGGGCCAGUCCUGCUGCUGUUUGCCCGUGUGUUGCAAGCCCAGCUGCAUUGCUCUGUCUCUGUGCUGCCAGCCCAGCUGCUGUGGCCCCUCCUGCUGCCAACCUGCCUGUUGUGUGCCCCUCACCUGCCAGCCAGUAUGUACCCCAGCCACCUGCUGUGUGCCUCUCUCCUGUAAACCUACCUGCUGCACUACCUCCUCCUCUUGCUGUUGUGGCCCCUCUUGCUGUCCAGCCCCCUCCUGCUGCCGCCCCACCUCCUCUGUGUCCCUCAUCUGCAGGCCCACCUGCUGCAGACCCUCCUGUUGCUCCACCUCCUGUGGACAGAAAUCUUGCUGUUGA